CUUCGGCCCAAGCCAGGGGAGGUUUACUGCGCCUACCAUGAGCAAUCUCAACGGCAUCUUGCCGCGGUAAUCCUCCCGCUUACAGACCCCGGCAGCAUCGGCAUCUUAGGUACGAUGGAGACAUUAGGCUUAUCAAAGAAUGUACCGAAUUGCGUUGUUUUUAAUGUGAACUCUAGGAGGCUUGAGUGGCGUGAUGGAUAUGGGGACGGUGAACCAUCGUCGCAUGCACGAAAAUAUCCGGUUAUAUAUUUUACUGGUCGCAGAUUCCCAGAGAAUGAGGCUGCAGGCUGGGUCUCAGCUGGGGACCUACGAGUACUAAAUGAACAAAGUCUACGACGCUCCGACGUUCCAUUCUAUCGGGCUGUCAGGGCCUACUUGGAGAGACGGACACCCUGUCAAACAUUCAGGGCAAGACUAGGAGAUCCUGACACUCCAUUGAGUAAGUCUCCAACGUCUCUUGCA